ACGAUCCACCAGAUCUUACAAGGGGUUUGGGUUGGGAAGUGAAAAAUGACCUAGAGGACAAUACCAAAUUGAAGGAAGGUAAAGGACAGUUGAUAAAAUAUGCUAGGAUUUAUCUGCUAGGAGACACACCUCUGUCACAAGUCUUCUAUGGAUGCAUAAUGGAUGGAACCUACUGGGUUUUUGUGAAAAUCACAUAUGACUAUGACAAGUGCUGGUUCGAGUUUGAAAAGAGCCAGCUAUAUAAAUGGAGUGUGGAUACAGCUUUGCUUAUUGCUGGCUUAAUCAAUCUAUAUCAUACCCAAGUCCUGCCUGCUUCUGGUGAAAAACAGGACUAUCCUGGUAGAGAUGACAAGAAUCAGGGAUGUCAAGCAACUGCAUCUUCAGUCUCUCCUGAAAUGGUCUUAGCUGAUCUAAUUAAAGAAGGAGUGUCUAUCCAAACUGACUUUGGUGAAUUCAUUCAAAUGCAGAUCAUAUCACAUCUUGGAACUGGUCGUGAUAGCAUUAUUUUUUUGGCUGAAGCACUUGAUUAUGGAAUUAUGCAAGCUGUUUUGAAGAUUGAAGUACCAAAAGACACGAAUUUUUCUCAGCUUUCCCAAGAAACAAGAGUAUUGCAUGAACUAGAUGGCCUUGCUUGUGUUCCAAAGAUUCUGUUUGAAGGUUGGAUAGGAAGCUUCCGGACAGUCCUAAUGGAUUUUGUUGGACAACCCUUAGAAUCUUGGAUUACUAACCAUAGUAUGAAUACCUGCAAACUUCACCAGUUGAUACUAGACCUCUUAUCAUGUUUGAAGGAAAUUCAUGCCCAAGGUUAUGUGCAUGGUGAUGUGGCUGUGUGGAAUAUUAUACAAAGAAAUGGACAUUUCUAUCUCAUUGAUUAUGGCUUUGCAGGAUUAUCACAACUUGUGCUUGACCCCUAUGAAGCAGUCAUUCAAGAUUAUGUAGGAUUGUGUGAAACCAUUGGUGUUAUCAAAUUUGGAAGAAAAAUGUCAUUGUCAAUGUUAACAGAUAAGUUAGAUGGAGAGAUGAAACGAUUUGUUACAUUUGUUAAGAAUGCACACAGUAACAGAUGA